AUGUCUCGACGUGGAACCAUUCGGGAUAUUGUCAUUACACCAGUGGCAUUUCAUGACAUGCCCCUGCUAAAUAGCGUUGGUGUACAUGAGCCGUUUGCACUACGCAGCAUCAUCGAAGUUAUCACAGACGAUGGUUACGGAUUGGGGGAAUCAUACGGAGACUCAACACAUUUGGGCCGUCUCCAACUUGCGGCCGACAAAAUUAAGGGCCUCACUGUGUACGAAACAAACUCGAUAUAUCAGCUAUGCGUCGAGUCCUUGACAGGCGACACCAGCACCGGCGGCGACGGGAUGGCAGGCAUGGUGACUACUGCCUCUGUUGCGGACAAGGUUUUCUCCCCCUUUGAAGUUGCUUGUCUCGACAUCCAGGGAAAGCUUGCAGGAGUACCUGUGAGUGACCUUCUCGGCGGCCGCGUUAGAGACAACGUCCAGUAUUCGGCAUACCUCUUUUACAAGUGGGCGGGGCACCCUGGACAGCCAGACGACGAAUACGGCGCGGCUCUUGACCCUGCUGGUGUGGUAAAGCAGGCGAAAAAGAUCAUUGACGAGUACGGUUUCAAAGCGAUCAAGUUGAAAGGCGGCGUCUACCCACCCGCACAAGAGGUGGAAGCAAUCAAAGCAUUGCAUGCGGCUUUUCCGGGUGUGCCUCUAAGACUCGACCCCAAUGCCGCCUGGACCGUCGAGACCUCAAAGUGGGUUGCGAAGGAACUCGAAGGGAUCGUCGAAUACCUAGAAGACCCGGCUCCAGAAAUCGAGGGCAUGGCUGCUGUUGCGAAAGAAGCGUCGAUGCCGUUGGCAACAAACAUGGCUGUAGUCGCAUUUUCUCACUUGCCCACAUCAAUACUGCAGAACGCAGUCCAAGUGGUGCUCUCUGAUCAUCACUUCUGGGGUGGCCUGCGCAAGUCUCAGACUCUGGCCGCCAUCUGCGCGACAUGGGGAAUGCGUCUUUCAAUGCACUCCAAUAGUCAUCUGGGCAUAUCACUUGCGGCCAUGACUCAUCUUGCGUCAGCUACCCCCAAUCUGGACUAUGCUUGCGAUACUCAUUGGCCAUGGAAACCACGGGAUGAAGAUGUCGUUAUUGAUGGAGUACUCAAGUGGUCUGAUGGUGGUUUGAAUGUUCCGACCGCGCCUGGCUUGGGAGUCGAGCUAGACAGGAAGAAGUUGGCACAUCUUCAUCAACUCUACCUGGAUUGUGGGCUGCGGAAACGCGAUGACACAACGUAUAUGAGAAAAUUCGUGUACGGCAUCGACACAGGCAUCAUUGCUUCCACCAUCGCUCAAACCACCUUCAAACUAUACAUGUACGGUCCAUCUAUGGACAAUGUUUCUGUGCGAGCAGGCAUUGUAUCUGGAUAUUACGCAGGAUACGCCUUUGGCAGCGGUGGCUCUGCCUACUGCAUGGACAAGAUGUCCCGUCGCUGGACAUUGCUCUUUGGAGCGUGUGUUAGUGUCGCAGGAGCCGUGCUGCAGACCGCUGCCGUGAACCCAGCCAUGAUGAUUGUGGGUCGUGCUUUCUCAGGUUUCUCGACGGGUAUGGUCUAUCCGACGGCCCCUGUGUACCUUGCGGAGCUCAGCCCUCCAGAGAAUCGCGGAUUUCUUGUUGGCUUGAAAGGAUUGAUGAACACUCUCGGGUUCUUCGUUGCUGGAUGGGUGGGUUAUGCGGGCUCGUUUGCUGUCGGUGAACUGCAGUGGCGUAUUCCAUUGGCCACGCAGAUACCGCCUGCACUCUGUCUCGCUGUCAUGACUUUUUUCUUGCCCUACUCUCCGCGAUGGUUGGCCAUGAGAGAGCGAUACGAUGACGCCAAGAAGGUCAUGUACUCGCUUCACGCCCACCGGGGUGCAGAAACGAUAGAGCAAGAGUUCGCUGAAAUGAUCAGCCAAAUCCAACUGGAAGCCAACAAGAAGAAAGUCUCCAACUUCUGGAAUCUGUUCACACGCCAGUACAUCCGAAGAACCUUGUUAGCCUGCUUGACAGUCAACAUGAUGAAGCUUUCUGGGUCAAACAUCAUCCAAAAUUACCAGUCCGUCAUGUAUAACUCUCUUGGGUAUGAGGGCCAGACUGUGCUCCUGAUAGGCGGUUUGUAUGGCUUCAUGGCAGUCAUCGGCCAGAUAAUCAACGUCUUCUUCGUUGCCGACCACUGGACGCGACGUAUCACUGUCAUUUCCGGGAGUUUUACGCUCGCUGCUCUCCUCGCGGUUUUGACGGCCUUAUCGAAACUUUUCCAAGAUGACUCGAAUCCAGCUGGAUCCCGUGCCGGUGUUGCGUUCAUCUUCUUGUUCGCGUUUGCGUACUCCUUCUUCUUCAACAGUGUCAAUUGGGUCUUGGUAGCCGAGAUCUUUCCACUCGACCUUCGUGGCGUCGGUGUUGGCUUUUCAGUCUUUACACAAGCUGUUACGGCAAUUUGGCUAUCUUAUGCGGCAUCAGUCGCGUUCGAUGCCAUUGAGUGGAAGUUUUACUUCGUCUUCAUCGCCUGCAACGCUUUUGCGGGGACCAUCUACUUCUUUUUCCUGCCCGAGACUCGCUUCUUAUCACUUGAGGAGGUGGCUGCCAGGUUCGGGGACGAGAUUAUCUGCCCAGGAAAGAAAGUUCCGGAGCUGGAUCAGCUAGAGAAAGAUGCGGGAGACAACAAGCGGCAGCCUGAUAUAUCCUCAGACCACGUUGAAAAUUCGAGGAGAUGA